AACUAUUAAAUGAAGAAGUAUAUGGCGGGAUGUUUGACGACUAUGGACUUCGAAUUCCAGGAUCGUUAGACGAAUGCGCAGAGAAUCCCGGGGAUAAGGUAGCCCGGUGGUGGUUCGGAGGUAUCUCCUGCUCGGCAGUUUCCUCCGUAAUGGCUCCCAUCGACAUUGUGAAGACCCACAUGCAGACUCAGAAACGGCAACGUACCAUUCUGGGUACCGCCCGGAAAAUUAUUAAGAGGCGAGGUUAUAUCGGCUUUUACGAUGGCUUCUCGGCGGCUGUGCUCCAACAGAUGACGUCCAUCAACAUUAGAUUUUCGGUUUACGAGGCUGGUCGGCAGAACUAUAUAGUCAAUGAUGAUUCCUACCUGGGAAAACUUUUGUUGGGCCUUCUGGCUGGUGCCUGUGGAUCGAUUUGUGGAAUACCAGCUGAUCUGAUCAACGUUCGGAUGCAAACGGAUAUGAAACAUCCCGAGCAUGCUCGCCGCAAUUACAAGCACAUCUUUGACGCCCUGAUAAGGAUUCCCAGAGAAGAGGGGAUUCUCGCACUGUACAAAGGUGGAUCGGUGGCAACUCUCAAGGCUUCUUUGGGAACAUGCUCUCAAAUCUCCUCCUAUGACAUUAUCAAAACGGAAAUGCAACAUCGACUCGCUAUGCAUGACAGUGUACCCCUGCACUUUUUCAGUUCUUUUGUGACCUCCAUAAUUUCAACCACUCUGACCCAUCCACUGGACGUGAUGAAGACCCUAAUGAUGACCGGGAGGCCAGGACAAUUCGAAACAUUUUCGCAAGCCGCCAAGCACAUGAUGCGCUUUGGAUACAUAGGACCCUUUCGGGGCUUGCUGCCCACGAUGGUGCGCAAGGGUCCUGCCACAGUUAUGGUAUUUGUGAUGUACGAACAGUUGAGACUUCAUUUCGGAAAAUGCACCUUAGGAGGGAUAAAAGUAAACUAACAAAG